UGAGCUACACAACAAAUCUAUUAAAUGCUUUCAUUGCACUUCAAACCCAGUUUGGUGAAUGAACUUCUUUUGUAUUUAAAGAUCUGAGAUUUCAGUGGCUAACACCCUCUUCCCUCCUCCUAGGUACAUAACUCCAGCUCAGGCAAAGCAAGUUUUACUGCUUAUUAGACUGACUGACGACACAGCAUAGAUAAAUAGAAAUGGCCCUGACAGGGAAAGUGGCCCUCGUAACUGGAGCUGCACAAGGACUGGGAAGAGCCUUUUCAGAAAUUCUGCUAAAUAAUGGGGCAAAGGUGUGCCUUUUGGAUAUCAAUGUUUCUAAAGGGAAUGACGUUAAAGCUUUCUUUGACAAAACAUAUGGCAGUGAAUCAACUACAUUCAUUCCAUGUGAUGUGUCUUCAGAGACUUGGCUUAAGGAUGCCUUUAAUAAAGUAAAAGAGACUUAUGGAAGGUUGGACAUCAUGUGCAAUAAUGCAGGGAUAAUAAAUGAGAGUGACUGGGAAAAAACUGUCGCCUUGAACUUGAAUGCAGUGAUCAGAGGCACAUAUUUGGCUUUAGACCACAUGAAGAAUCAAACAGGAGGUGGCGUCAUUGUGAAUGUAGCAUCAGAAGCAGGUUUGGUUCCAUUUAUAUCUGCCCCAGUCUACACGGCAACUAAAUAUGGAGUUGUUGGAUUCUCUCAAGCAACAGCUAUGGCUUCAGAAGCGUGCAAGUUUGGUGUGCGAAUAAAUGUCUUGAGCCCAAUUUUUGUCCAGACGGAUAUACUUAAUGAUCUGAAAGAGCCUCGUCUUUUGGGGCUACUGCCUGAAUUAAUUCCAAUUACGGAAAAGCUAAUAGAACAUAUUGGAAUAAUAAAACCUUCAGAUGUCGCUAAAGCCUUCCUGCAGUUGGUCACAGAUGAAAGCAAAAAUGGAGAAGUUUUGAAGAUUGAAAAGGAAGGUGCAGCAAGAUACGUGGACUUUCCAUACAGAGAUAUGGUUACAAAGUUAGGACUCAAAUAGUUUUUAUCUAAGGAAUAAAAAGUAAGAAAUUAUGAUACCAAUGAAGUGUAUCUGCAGCAUAACUAUAAGAAGGUAUUGUCUUACAAUAAAACUACUUUCCUAUCUAA